AUGUCAUUCACCCCAGAGAGCUUCACCAAGAAGUUGGCUGGACUUCAAGAAACUCAAGACUCUAUUGUGACGAUUUCUCAAUGGAUUCUUUUCCAUCACAGACAUUCCAAAGACUCAGCUCGGAUCUGGUCAGAAUAUAUCUUGGGACUUGAUCUGUCGCCACGAUUGUCUUCCAAGAAGCUUUCUCUUCUCUAUCUUUGUAAUGAUGUGGUGCAACAGGCAAGACACAAACGUAAGUCUGAAUUUAUUCGAAACUUUGCCGAAGUAUUACCAAAUGUGUUCAAUCGAGUAUAUCCUAGUAUUGUGGAUUCCACUCGACCUAAAGUCGUUAGAUUGAUUGAUGUUUGGGAACAACGGUCUGUGUUUGCCGCUUCAGAGAUUAAAGAGUUGCGCAGAGCUAUUGAGUUAUCUAAGCGUAAUAAACGGUUAGAUGAUGUGAACGAUGACCAACAAGAUGAUACCAAUGGUCUGCUGGUCUCUGGUGGUAACCAGAUUACUAUUGCACCAGAAAUCAACCUUGCAAAUACCACUUUGAACCAUAUAAACCAAUUAAAUGAUCUGAAUCAAAGUAUUCUUCAACAAAUUUCACUCCAAUCUAAAACUCAUCUUCCUACAGACCCAUCAGCAUCUGAUAAUUUACCAUCUCCAAGAAUCUACAUUUCCAAAUUGAAUGUAUUGGACAAGUUGUGUAUAACUGCCACCUCCAACAUUAACACCAUCAAGAAAGAAAGACAAUCUCUUCUACAACAAUUGGAACUGCUUGUACAAAUCGUAAAUAAUGCCUUGGAGACUGAUGAUAGUAAGUUGGCAUUGGUACAGAAAACGAAGGACAGAUUAGUCGAUACAAGAUUAGAACUUCAAUCUAUGAUUGAAGAUGAGAGUGAUGAUGCCACUUCUGCCUCUGUCACAGCUCUUGCCACGCCAACUGCAUCUACCGUGGAGUCACCAGAGGAACCUUCGCCUGCCUUUGAUGACGAUGAUGAUGAUGAUGAUAUGAUUCCCACUUAUGAAGAUGAAGAUAGUGACGAUGACUUACCACCAAGCAAAAAGCAAAAAAUUACCAACACUUCCAACUCUAAUUCAAGAUCUCCAUCUAUCUCAUCAGGAAACUCCACUCCAUCUUCAAAGAAAUCAGUGGCAUUUUCUGAAGACGUUGAGAUCAAAGAAUACGAACGAGAAGAAAGAACUGAUUUCAUAAGCAUUGCCAAGAGCGAUGAUGAACAAGGGGACGACGAAGGUUUCGAGGAAGAUGCUCCUUCCGACGAAUACACCAAGCACCACAAGGAUGACUUGGAACUCAAACAUGAACAUGAAGAAGACGAAUACGAGCCACAUGAACCUUCUGGUGUGCAAGUUGAUGUCUUGAGUAUUUUAUCUAAAUUGGCAGAGCCAUAA